AUGGAGCAAAUGUUGGCCCCUUGUCAGAAUGCUUUGAACUACAUUGAUGACGUGAUCAUAUUUGGCAAAAAUAUUGAGGAGCACGACAAAUCACUCGCAAAGGUCAAGGAAAUAUUUCGAGCUAAUAACGUAGCACUAAAUGAGAAGAAAUGCGUAUUUCGAGUACAGAAAUUGAAAUUUCUAGGUCAUAUCCUCUCGGACAAGGGGAUCGAAGUUGACCCCGAGAAAGCAGGAAAGGAGAAUAUUGCCGACUCACUAUCAAGACUUUGCGAAGUAACCGAUGCAGACCCUUAUGACUGGGCUGGUGAGGAACACAUAUUUCGCGUGGUGUCGACCUCAAUUCCUAGAUCGCUCUCCAUAUCGAAGGUCACAGAGAUGAGCACUCAGGAUAAGGAAAUAAUAGACGUGAUGACAUGCCUUGGUCAGGAUUCAUCGAACUCAAAUAUGUCUAGCUCGUACUAUCCAUUUCGUUUAGAACUCUCGAUUGUGGGUAAUAUUCUUUUGCGGGGCACAAGACUAGUAAUUCCGCGGAAGUUACGUGGACCGGUACUUGAACUCGCUCAUGAAGGGCAUCGCGGGAUAAGCGCUAUGAAACGGAGGCUUCGCUCCAAAGUUUGGUGGCCGUGUAUGGACAAGGACACAGAACAGUAUGUUAAGGAGUGCCGCGAUUGCCUGUUAGUAUCAAUGCCAUCAAAUCCGGCCCCCAUGAAAAGACAUCCGUUUCCGAAUGGACCUUGGAGAUGCGUAGCGACCGAUCUUUUGGGCCCAUUACCAAAUGGUGAGAAUGUACUCGUAUUAAUAGACUAUUACUCGCGGUAUAUGGAAUUCAAACUUAUCAAGUCGAUAUCAUCGAAAACCAUUAUUGAGGAAAUGGAAGAAAUCUUUUCCAGAUUGGGAUUCCCGGAAACAUUAACAACUGAUAAUGGAAGGCAAUUUGUCAGCGUCGAAUUCAAAAAUUUUUGUGAAAGCAGCGGCAUUCGGCUAAUGCCAACUCCCCCAUACUGGCCCCAGGCCAACGGCGAAGUAGAAAACAUGAACAGAUCUCUGGUGAAACGCCUAAAGAUAGCUCAUGCCAAUAACGACAAUUACAAAAAAGAAAUUCAAAAAUUUGUAUUAAUGUAUAACGUCACUCCACACGGGACCACGGGCGCACCACCAACAGAGCUAAUGUUUAACAGAGUGAUAAGGGACAAAAUUCCUAGCAUACAGGACCUCGUGGGCGAAACGGUUGAUUCAGAAAAGAGAGACAGGGACGUCUGGAAGAAAGAGAAAGGGAAAGAGUUAGCCGACAACGCUAGGAAAGCGGGAGUGAUCGAUAUAAAAGUAGGUGACAAGGUUCUCCUAAAAAACGUAAUAUUCCCGCAUAAGCUGACGCCAACAUUCGAUACGACCACAUAUGAAGUAACUAACCGAGAGGGAAAUGUUGUCCAAAUUUCUGGUGGCGGUAAGUCAUAUACUAGGAAUGUAAGCCACUUGAAAAAGAUCAACGGCGCAGACUCAUCGAAAUCGUCUAACUCGGUGAGCCCCGAUGUUGAGAUAUCUCCCUCAGCUAUUCCUUUACAGCCGGUUGCCGAAACUCUGACGCCACAGGAAACUCCGGCAUCAAAGGACCUCCCUGACCCGAACGAGAACCUGAAGCUCCGUCUGGAGAAAAAAGAAGGGGUGUGGAGAUGCGUAUCGGCAGCGAAGAGCGACGGCAGAGAUGGGAUUGACGCGCUCUCUCAAAAGAAGUAA